AUGACUGUCACCGCAACCGCACCUAUCGCUCCAUUAGGCAACACCAAAUUAUUCCAACCCAUCAAAGUUGGUCGUAACACAUUACCUCAAAGAAUCGCCUUUGCUCCAUCCACCCGUUGUCGUGCCACCAAAGACAACAUCCCAACCGAUCUUCAACACCAAUACUAUUCCGACAGAGCCCAAUAUCCAGGCACAUUAAUCGUCACCGAAGCAACCUAUACUUCGGCCCAAGGGGGUCUUAAUCCAUACAUUCCCGGUAUUUACAAUUCCGAACAAGUUAAAGCUUGGAAAAAGAUCAAUGAAUCAAUUCAUGCCCAAGGAUCAUUCAGUUCGGUUCAAUUAUGGUAUUUGGGUCGAGUUGCCGAUCCUGCAAGUUUAAAAGCCCAUGGGUUGGAUUUUGUCGCUCCAUCUCCGGUAUAUUUCACUCCGGAAUCAGAAGCUGCGGCUAAGGCUUGUGGAAAUGAGUUAAGAGCACUCACGACGGAUGAAAUUGAGGAUAUUAUUGAGAAUCAAUACCCUGCAGCGGCUCAAAAUGCAUUGGAUGCCGGGUUUGAUUAUAUUGAGAUCCAUAGUGCUCAUGGAUAUUUAUUGGAUCAAUUUUUGAAUUUGGCAACGAAUAAAAGAACUGAUGAAUAUGGUUAUGAAACUGUUGAAAAUCGGGCUAGAUUGUUAUUGAGGAUCAUUGAUAGAUUGAUUCCCAUUGUGGGUGCGGAUAGAUUGGCGGUUAGAUUAUCCCCCUGGGCACAAUUUCAGAAUGUUGUGGUUGAAGGUGAGGAAAUACAUAAAUAUAUCUUAACCCAACUCCAAGCCCGUGCUGAUCAAGGGAAUGAAUUGGCGUAUGUUUCAUUAGUCGAGCCAAGAGUUCAAGCAUCAUGGGAUGUGGCGGAAGAGGAUCAAAUUGGGUCGAAUUCUUUUGCGUCAAAGUAUUGGAAGGGGACCUUUAUGAAAGCGGGAAGUUAUACUUAUGAUGCACCUGAAUUUAAGACAAUGUUGAAGGAUUUGGAAGAUGAUAGGACCAUGAUUGGGUUCUCAAGAUAUUUUAUUUCUUGUCCUGAUUUGAUUAGGAGAUUGAAAGAUGGAUUGAAUUUGACUCCUUAUGAAAGACCAACUUUUUAUACUCAAGAUAAUUGGGGAUAUAAUACUUGGAAUAAUUAUGGUGAAAAUAAAGAAUUUAUUGAAGAAGAUGAAGUUAAAGUCUUGGGUAAAGUAAUUGCUUAA